AUGCGGAACAAUCUUUCCCUGUUCUUUGUUGCCCUUGUAUUAGCUGCCUGGUCUCAACAUCCGGUUUGCGAGAGUUUUUCAACUUUGCCAAGAGGAAGCACUCAUCACGAACGACGACGAACCUCACAAUUAUAUCUUCGAGAAGAAUCCACCUUGAAGAAGAAGAACGACGAUAUUGAUGACGACCAAAAAACAAAGGAACAAAGCAUUCGUCAACUUUUGUUUGGGUCUGCCUUUGUCAUUGAAAAUGUAUUUUCCUAUGCAUUCGCCCCCGGUGCCGACGGGACGGCGUUUCCCCAAGCCGAUUUGGAUUUGAUUGCCCAACUGACGGACCCACAAGUCAUGCUACAACAUCCUCCCGCGGGAUAUCCCCUCUUUUCGCUAUUGUGCUUCAACUCCUUCUUAUGGCUGCCAUUUGUCUGGGGGGGCAUUCUGUAUCCGACUACUACAGAACAAAACCGUGCCGUACCAGCCCUUCCAUUCCUUCUUUUAUCCACAGUAUUUGGUGGCGUGAGCUUGUAUCCGUACUUUGUACUUUUCCGAACGCAAAAACAACAAGAUACCAUCAAUAUACUGGAUCGAGUGGGGAACGUUCUCUAUGGCAAGUUUGACUCUUUACUCCCAAAAUGCUUACUCCUGGGAGUCAUUGGAUUUUGCUUUUACACAUUUGCACAGUCCAUCUCCUCCGCGGCAAACUACGACAGCAACCUGGUCUCGGGCGAACUCGAGGGCUUUGUGACAUUGGUAACGACUUCUCAGUUUGCGAGUACUACUGUUUUGGACUUGUUUCUUUUAAGUCCACUCUUGUUGGAUCCCAUUCGAGACGAUGCCAAACAAAGGGGUUACCUCAACACUAAGGAGAACGCUUCUUGGAACGGUCAAGACUUGAGGCAACUGGCACCGUUUGCGGUGCCAAUCAUUGGAGCAUUGAGCUGGGUUCUGACACGACCACCCUUAUUGCAAGACGACAACAACAACGACGACAAGUCAUGA